AUGUCGGCGGCAAGAACCCAGCCGAUGCAGCAUAUCGACCGCAAGUCGCUGUACACCAGCCUCGAAGCGCGUAUUUGCUAUCUUCACUCCUUCCUUGACUUUGGCCCCAACGACAUCGAAGCUCUCCGGUCAGGCUCCAAGUACAUUCAGGCCCUAAUCCCCGCCGUCGUAAACAUCGUCUACCGCAAGCUCCUUCAGUACGACAUCACAGCCCGCGCCUUCCAGACACGAAGCACCGCCUUCGAGGGACCCAUGGACUCAGACCCGGACGAGACAAGCCCCCAGAUCCUCCACCGCAAGUCCUUCCUGCGGGCGUAUCUCAAGAAGCUCUGCUCCGACCCGACGCAGAUGGAGUUCUGGGAAUACCUCGACAAAGUCGGGAUGAUGCACACCGGCCUCGGCCGCGCCCACCCGCUGCACAUCGAGUACGUGCACAUCGGCGCCGCGCUGGCCGUCAUCCAGGACAUCCUCAGCGAGGCCAUCCUGUCGCACCCACGCCUGCCGCUGGCGCGCAAGAUUGCUGUCGUCAAGGCCCUCGGCAAGGUCAUCUGGAUCCAGAACGACCUGUUUGCGAAGUGGUAUGUUGUUGACGGGGAGGAGUUUACGGAUGGGGUGGAUUAUGCGGAUGUGGUGAGGGAGAGGGAGGGGUUUUUGAGGGGGCGGCGGGUGUUGGUGCCGGAGGAGGCGGUGGCGGUGGGGGAGGAGGAGCAGGAGGGGUCUGCUCCCGCUUCUUCUCGCCCUGGGCAGGGGCAUGGGGGGGCGUGCCCUUUUACGGGGGUUGGGGCGGAAACGGAGGGUUUGGGGGUGGAGGUUACGAGGGAGAAGGCGAUGCCGAGCGUUGAGGGGGAUGUGCCGAAGGAAAUGGAAGUGGUUGUGAAUGGGGAGUGA